AUGACCACUCCGGUCUCCCCUAAACCGGUGGCUGCCUCACCGCAGGCUGGGCAUGCAGGGCCCAAGCCUCGUCCAGCCCGCCCUCCUAGACCCAACUACAGACACCUCCAUCGCUUCCCUCUCCCCCUAAACGUGCAUCCUGUCCCUCCUCUCAUCCCCCACAACCCUCUCUCCCUCAUUAGUAUUGCUCUCUCGUAUCUUACCUUCUUUAUCUCUCCUCCCAAUCUGCAAGUCUAUACGGCGUAUUUUGACUCUGCCACUUCCUCCGUUCAUGUCACAGACGAAACGGCAAUCAAAGCCCUGUGGCAGAUGGGUUUUUUUGGCAAAGGUAAUCUAAGCCGAAGUGAACCCAGCUGGCUAGAACGCGAAAAGAAAAGGAGAGGGUUGCUGGGCAGUCACACGAGUGAGGAGGCGACGAGGAAGCGCAGGACCGAGCGUCGUGAACUGAAGUUGGAGAGAGCCCGGAUGGAGAAGCUGGCUAUCCAAGAGAGGCUCGAGGCCGAGGCGGCGGCUCGGGAGGCAGACGGUGCUGCUGCUAACGGCACCGCAACACCGUCACCGUCCACUAAGAAAUUCUCCCUCAAGAACGCCAAAGAAACCAAAUGGCUGGAAUCCCAACGAGCCGCACAACUGAACGGAGAUGCGACUGUCGACCCAUCGAGGCCGACCUCCAAUGGCAAAACCGUACGGUUUGCUCCCAUCGUCCAGGAAAAGCAAUUUGUUUCCAACUCGCCCACUUCUCUCCCUCUCCCGGACUCCGUCCUGGACGCCAAUGAAGCAGAUGAAGAGCCCGUCCUCCAAAACGAGGAACAUCUCCAGCUCUCCAACGAAGAGACAUUCUUCCUCGUGUACGGACUGGGUGCUUUACGCGUCGUGGACGAACGCAACACUGUAAUCCCUACAUCAAAACUCCUCCCACUCCUCUGCCACCACUCCUACUGUCCUCCUCGAACGCCGUCAUCAACCCUACAGCCCGACGACCCGUUCAUCUUAUCAUAUGUCGUGUACCACCAUUUCCGCUCCCUCGGCUGGGUCGUGCGCUCUGGCGUCAAGUUCGGAGCAGACUACAUGCUCUACAACCGCGGGCCGGUCUUCUCACACGCCGAAUUUGCCGUUGUUAUCAUCCCCUCCUACGACCACGCUUACUGGUCUGAGACCGAAGAACGCCGAGAAUAUAUUGUACGCAAGCAGGCUCGCAGCUGGUGGUGGCUGCACUGCGUGAACCGGGUCCAAGCUCAAGUUUUCAAGAGCUUGGUCGUCUGCUACGUCGACGUGCCGCCUCCUUCUGCUUCACCGGACAGUGAUAUCGGGGCCACGCUCAGUCGCUACCGGGUGAGGGAAUUUAGCAUCAAACGAUGGGUGCCUAAUCGUUCUCGGGAUUGA